ACAGCUUUUUGACAGUUCCAUAUGCUGCACGUGAAGAAGCUGAACUCCACCUGAUGGCUAUAGCUUCACCCUGACUGGAAGUCGUUCUGUCUGAUAUUCAAAACUGCACCUAAUUAUUAAUUAAAUAUUUAUUUUAAUUAUUAUCAAACUGACUGAUAAUGACGGAGGAGAGGAGCGUGACGGAGGGGGAGGCAGCCGAUUCGGAAGAGAUGUCCGCGGAGGAGACGAAGGAGAACGGGGACUGCAAAGUGUCGCAGAAAACUGAGGGGGAACCGGAGUUCGUCCACCCGGAGGGCGGCUGGGGCUGGGUGGUCAUGCUGGCCUCAAUGUGGUGUAACGGCUCGGUGUUCGGGAUCCAGAACGCCUUCGGUAUUCUCUUCCUCUACCUGCUCCGGGAGUUCGGUUCUGAGAAGGAUGAGGACCUCCAGUUCAAGACAUCGUGGGUGGGCUCCCUCUCCAUGGGCAUGAUCUUCUUCUGCUCUCCCAUCGUCAGCGUCUUCACCGACAUCCUUGGCUGCAGAGUGACCGCAGUGGGUGGGGCAGCCGUGGGUUUUGUGGGCCUGCUGGCCAGUUCCUUUGUCAAGUCUCUGGGCCUUAUGUACUUCACCUACGGCAUUGUGUUCGCCUGCGGCUGCUCCUUCGCCUACCAGCCCAGCCUGGUCAUCCUGGGCCACUAUUUCAAGAGGCGGCUGGGUCUGGUGAACGGCAUCGUGACGGCCGGCAGCAGCUUCUUCACUGUCACGCUGCCGUUUGUCCUGUCGGCCCUCCUGGAAAAAGUGGGCCUACAGAACACCAUGCGGGUCCUCUGCAUCCUCAUGUUCGUACUGAUGCUGGCCGGCUUCACCUACAAACCCCUGCUGCCCGUCAAACCAUCAAACGCCCAAACAGGAAAAUCACGCAUCAGUCAGAUCUUCAACGUCAACAUCUGGAGGUCUGUGGGAUACCGCAUCUGGGCCUUCGGCAUACCUGCAGCCCUCUACGGCUACUUUGUACCCUACGUUCACCUGAUGAAACAUGUGGAGGAGCGUUUUGGCCCAGAAGCCAAUAAAGAGGUUCUGCUCAUGUGCAUCGGCAUCACGUCUGGAGUUGGCCGACUCAUCUUUGGCAGGGUUGCAGAUUAUGUCAAGGGAGUCAACAAAGUAUUCCUGCAGGUGUCUUCCUUCCUCGUCAUCGGCGUCAUGUCUAUGAUGAUCCCCUUGUGCCACAUCUUUGGUGGGCUGAUCGCCGUGUGCCUGUUGAUGGGGCUGUUUGACGGCUGCUUCAUCUGCAUCAUGGCCCCCAUCGCCUUCGAGCUGGUCGGGGCCAACGACGUGUCCCAGGCCAUCGGCUUCCUGCUGGGCCUCAUGUCGGUCCCCAUGGUCGUCGGUCCUCCGAUUGCAGGUUUCCUCCGAGACAAACUGGGAAGCUAUGACGUGGCCUUCUACCUGGCCGGUGUCCCCCCCAUCGUUGGAGGCAUGCUGCUGUGUCUGAUCCCCUGGGUUGAGGCCAGGCGCAGGAAGAGGGAAAAGGAGGAGGGCCUGAGCAAGGGGCAGGACGAGAAGAUGAUCGAGCACGAGAAGCCUCAGGAGGACAUGAAAAACAAAAUGGGGGAUUCUGUCCUCUAAGAGCCUGGACAGAGGGCGGUGUGAAGACGCCAAGCCAUGAGAACGGCCUUCCGUAGGACUAAAUCCAAAGCGAUGAAACAUAUCAAACUCAUUUUGUUGAAGUACAGUGAAACAUGAAUGUGAUCCUGAAGAACUAUGCAGAAAAUUUAACUCACUUGAAAUUAGCUGAACAUUUUCUUUCAUCACCAGAGCCAGAAUGUUUGUUGUACUUCCACAAAGCAGCUGGUUGGAGCCACAGCAUCCUCCUGCAUCCUGGUGCUGAUUUUUACCCUGUGCUUCUAGAUGUAGACAUAAGAAAAGAUUAACUGGUUAAACAGGAGAAGUUAUGAAGGAUAAUAACUUAUCAGAGCAGAUCAAAUCACUCAGAGGAUUUCCUUUGAACCCUGUCGUCUUUAUUUCCUUUGAGCUGCUCUCAGAAACGACCUGUUCAGUAUUUUAACUUGAUGUUUAGUUCUGUUUCAUUUCAGAGAAGAACUCUGAGGAAUUCAGGUUUUAUCUUAAUCUGGUGAAGAUGCUCCGACACUUGGAGAGAUGCAUCUGGUGGCGUUCCCGUGGCCACCAUGAGAACAUCUGCUUCACAUUAAUUCUCAUACAUUUCUCAGUGAUUUGACAUUUUGAUGACAUAAAUGCUGAAAACUGAGAGGGUCCAGGUGAUGGUGCAGCUGUUGCUACGUCAACAAGCGAAUGUGUGAAGUGAGUCUUGAUGCUCCUCCAUUACACAUUCACCAGCAGUUUCUUAUCGUCUCACCCAUGUGAGCAGAUCCUGAUAAUCAUUAACUAUCAGCUUAUUAGGAGCCCAGCUGAUCAUUAACUGCUCUCAGUUCAUCAGCCCUCAGCUGUGUUUAUAUUGUUGUUUUUAUAAAGAAGUCACACCACCUUCGCCAGCUUUAAUUCCACCUGCUGAAGACCAAAA